AUGAGGAUAUCAGGCUUACUUCUACUACUUACUACUGUUUGUUGUGGCCAAAAUAAAUGUCAGAAAUGCACAUUGCGAUUCGAAUGUUGGGAUGGGUCGGAUGGGAUCGAGGAUGGAGUUAUCGUUCACAGUGAGAUGAACAAGUUCGAUGGGUGUGCGCGGUCGAAAGUCAGUUGUAAAGGGGCGAACAAUAAGUCGGUUACACUUCUGAAAAUUGGACAAGUGAGCGACUAGGGUCUUACUUACAUUGUUUAGUACAUUACUUUGUCCGAAGUGGAGCUUGUGUGCAAUGAAAAAGGGAAAUGGAGUCCCUACAAUGCAGAGACCGUUGCCUGUGGAGGUGAGGGCAAAUUUAGACUUUAAUAUUGUAAAUUGUAGAUGUAAAAAAUUAAUAUUUUAGUCUCCGGAUCCACUGGAGUUCCACUUGCUCCGACCUGUCUAAGUGUAACCGAAGUUGUCUAUGAUGGGACUGAAACUGGCGACGAAAAGUCCGCGAAGGUUGCUGAGAAUUGCAAAAGCUGUCCAACGGAUGUGAAAUGCUUUGGGAAUGAUGACGUCUUCGUCGACGGGAUCAUUGAUUGGCGGAUUUCCAAAGAUGACGCAACUGGAUGUGCAAUAUUGGAUGCGGAAUGUGGAUUUGGUGGGGAGCCGAGGAAGGGAAGCGAUGUUGCUCAACUGUUCGUUGGAAAAGUGAGAUUAUGUGAUUUUAGAAAAUUGUCGCUUUAGUACUCGUUUGACAAGAAAGUGAGGCUAAAAUGUGGUGCGAAUGGAGCUUGGGUGCCCGAAAAGAAUAACGAAAUAAAAUGUGGGGGUAAGUACAGCGAUAAAUGGAUUUUUUUACCAAGUUAUGGCUUUUUAAUAUUUUCGGGUGUAAAUUUCGAGUCGAAAUAUGAAGAAAUAUUAUCAUUACAGUAUACCGAACAGAGGGCACUCUUCCGCCGAAAGUCUCGUCCCAAGCCACUUGUAAAUUGCCCAAGCCAAUUCGACCCCCAGGCUACGAAGACCUUGAAGAUCCGUUACCAACUGAACCGGCGACCACUGAACCGACUACCGAGCUCACAACAACCUCAUCAUCUACGUCUCUGACCACCGCACCUACCCGCAAACUCAAGAAGAUCACUCUCCCCAAGCCGUCUUGCUGCGGGUCUUGGUCCGAAUGGAUGGAGGUUACGAAAUGUGCGGAUACUUGCGGAAGUUGCGGCGUCCAAAGAGUAAGAAGAAAAUGCCUCACAGACAAAUGUAAAUGCGAAGGGGAGUCAGAGGAGAUCAGGCAUUGCAACAGACAGCCUUGCCGACUCUCCAGGACUUCUUGCUGCUCUCCGUAUCGACCACAAGUCGAAGGGAGCAAUAUUGAAUGUGGAAAUCAGGUGAGAUGGGCUCAGAAAUGGGGUCAAGAUGACUGUAACUUUCCAGAAUACUCUCUCAAUUGCCGCUAAGAUCCAAUGCGACCGUCCGCAAUGUUGUCCGCCCAAUGGAAUCUGGAGUGAAUGGCAAGCUUACGGUAGAUGCCCUGUGGGAUGUGGCGGAUUUGCAAGGUCGAAAAGGAAAAGAAUUUGCUUAUCUCAGUGGGUGAUGGGAUGCAAAUGCGAGUAAGUGCAAUAUUGGAUUUAUUUCCUAUAAAAUUUUCAUUUUUAGAGGGCCUGAUCAUGACUCCGGACCUUGCAAUCUAAAGCCUUGCACUCAAGUUGGCUGGACCAAGUGUCGAAGUGGGUUGUUGCCGAUGAAAAGGGGAUACGACAGGUUAUGUAGCGAGUUUGUCUCCAAGAAAGAACAAACGGAAUGCUGCCCAUUUGGUUGGUUAUAUUAUGUUAGAUCGAUGAGUAUUUGACGAGUCAUUUUCAACUUCUUUUCAGGGGGGAUUUGGGAUCAAUGGUCGGAAUGGACUCAUUGUAAAACGCCUUGCGGAGGAUGUUCAACGACACGAAGAUGGAGAAUGUGUGCUUCCGAGAGGGUGGGAUGCCCGUGCACGUAAGUUUUUACAUUCUUCUAGACAUUAGUGACGUCGGAGUUUAUUUUAUCAAAGAAAAUGUUAUUUCAUCAUGUCAAAUUUUGCAUUGCAGAGGUGAUGACAAAGAGGAAGAGCCUUGUAACACCGUAACUUGUGAGCAUGGCAAACCGUAUUGUUGUAGUCCUCUUCAAGUAGUCAUCUAUGCGGGGAACGCGUUAUGCUGGUUGAAAGAGCGGGCGGUUCAUGAUAUCAUCCCUGCCAAACAUUACGCCGAAUUCUUCACUCUUACUCCAGAAGAAUACGGGAAGAAUUUGAUCGUAAAGACUUCGACGACAAAAGAAGCGAAGGGCAAAUGGUCGGACUGGGAAGGAUACUGUACGGAGGAAUGCGGCCUGUGCGGACAUCAUAUAAGGAAGAGGAAAUGUUUGGGACCCGGGGAUUGCAAGUAAGUUGAAUGAAUUCCAAAGAGGUCAUAGAAAUCUGAGAUCUUUCACAAAAAUUACUUUUUCCCGAAAAGGCAGAAGAAAGAUAAGAAAAUGCGUUUUAUCGGAUAGUGACAUUUCGUUUUGAACGAAUCACCAAAAAGGGGCGGGAAAUUUUUUCUUCUGUUUAUUUUGGGUUGACGUUAGCUGAAGCAUUUCUCUUUAGACUUCCAUCAACAACAAUAAAAUCAUCCUUUUCAGUGGGAAUUACCGCGAAGAACUGCGUGGAGUUUGUCCUCGAAUCGCUUGCAAAGCCCCCCACAAGCCUUGUUGCCACGGUAAACCCGUCAAAAUUGCAGGAAUCUAUGUUUGUAUAUUGUCGAAAUGA